UACCCACCACCACAAUGUCACCCCUCUCCCUCCUCCUCCUCUUCCUCCUCCACUCCUCCGCCGCAUCCUCCGCCCCCUCCGUCCAGACCCUCACCACAAAUCCCACCCUCUUCAACCCAAAGCUCCCUCCCCCCACUCUCUCCUCCUCCAAGAAAUUCGAAGGCUCCUCAGAUCUAGUCCACCUCCGCUACCACAUGGGCCCCGUCCUCUCCUCCGCCCCCAUCAACGUCUACAUCAUCUGGUACGGCCGCUGGUCCCUCCCCCAGAAGCUCCUCAUCAAAGACUUCCUCCUCUCCAUCUCCACCUCCACCUCCGACCCCCGCGCCGCCCCCUCCCCCUCCGUCGCCGAAUGGUGGCGCACCGUCUCCCUCUACACCGACCAGACCGGCGCCAACGUCUCCCGCUCCCUCGUCAUCGCCGGCGAGCACGCCGACCUCAAGUACUCCCACGGCAAGAGCCUCACGCGCCUCUCCGUCCAGCAAGUCAUCGCCAACGCCGUCGGAUCCGCCCACUUCCCAGUCGACCACAAGCACGGGAUCUACCUCAUCCUCACCUCCGAUGACGUCACCAUGCAGGACUUCUGCCGCGCCGUCUGCGGCUUCCACUACUUCACAUUCCCGUCGAUGGUGGGCCACACUCUCCCCUACGCCUGGAUCGGCAACUCCGCCAAGCAGUGCCCGGAGGUCUGCGCCUACCCGUUCGCCCUCCCGGCCUACAUGGGCGGAGGCGGCCCCGGGGCGAUGUCGCCGCCGAACAGAGACGUCGGCGUGGACGGCAUGAUAAGCGUGAUCGGGCACGAGCUGGCGGAGCUGUCGACGAACCCGCUUGUGAAUGCUUGGUACGCCGGGGAGGACCCGACGGCGCCGACGGAGAUCGGGGACUUGUGCGAGGGGCUGUACGGGACAGGCGGCGGAGGAGGGUACAUUGGGCAGGUGAUGAAGGAUAGAGAAGGGAGGACGUUCAAUGUGAAUGGGAGGAAAGGGAGGAAGUUCUUGCUGCAGUGGCUCUGGAGCCCUGAGCUCAAGGCAUGUGCUGGGCCUAAUGCUAUGGAUUAGAUUCAAAUCUUAUUUGAAAAUUCUAGGUUUAUAGAUAGAGAGUUGGAGAUUAAGGGAACUUGGUGGCGGAGAAGGAUAAAGUAAGCUCACCUUGAGCUUAUUGUAAUAUUCUUUUUUGUAGGUUUAUUAAUUAGUGUAAUCCUAGAUAUAAAAAUUUACAGUAUAUUAAUUGCUA